AGCUCCUCCUACUUUACAAGCUCGCUAGCUAGUUUUAGCUUUCGCCUUAAAAACGACCACAAACACAGCUGCUCGAAACCAACACGGUUGGAUGAGACACGUCAACCCACUGAACUGAAGAAACUCCCUUUAUUUGGCGCGUUUCCUCUGGAUGUUACGACGCUAUGAACAGCUAGCGGGCUGUCCGACGCUGGCCGCAGCUAGCAGGUCGGCUCCACCACAGCGCUAGCUAACAAUCCGACUAGCUAAAGAAGCUCCGCCGACCAGCAUCUAAGCUCGGCUUUUCCUCCGUCUGAGACUAGUUUCGAACUCCGACCUUUAAUUGAGGAGGCUCGUUUUUGUAGUGCCGUAAGGCUACAUUCAAGAGGCACAUGAUAGUUUUUUUAAAUUAUGUAGGUCACUGUAACCGAUCAGCGGUAGUUAUAUGGGUCACAGGCAGCAGUGGGUUAACCUAUUAGCUCGAACAGCUGGUUAGCAAGAAAGCGAGCUGGUUGCCAGACAACAGGGUAUUUGUUUUCGGAUAAUCUCCGCAAUAAAAUGUAAUAACGAAGAUUCAUAUGUUGGGAGUCGUUGCCGUUGCAGUGCAGCCCUCCUGUCAAGCGAUAAUAUAGUUAAAAAUAGUAUCUGUCGUGUUUGUGGGGCGUCGCAGACCAUCGUGGUGAGCUGGAUUCUGUUUGCCGAGUUAACCGAGCAGCUUCACUAACCAGGUAAGAGCAAACAAUGGUAAGUAAGUUCACUUAUUAAAGGCAGGAAUCUGUGUUUUUUGUUUGUGACGCCACAUUUAAGAGCCUGCUAGCGGACUUGUAAUCAUUAGUAUUUUAUACUUAAUGUGUUGAUGUUAAAUGGAUUUUAAAAAAAAAACAGCUACCGUCCGUCAGUACAGCAGCUUUAUUAACUCUGUCAUUUAACUGGUUUCCUACAACCAUCGGCUCACUGCUUUUCUGUUUGGCACACAGGAAGCUGAUGGAUCAUGCUUAGUGAAGCGCUGUGUUUCUUCCGCGCCUAGCCGGGCAAAGUGUUCCUGGGUUUGGUGAGAGGAGGAUGGCAUUUCACGGUGCAGGCCGGCAGACCGUCUGUGGAGACUUGUUUCCGGGCUCUGAGCUGGGCCACAAGUAUUUCUGUGUCAACUCUUCCUGCGGAGCCCCAUCCACGGGCCUCAGCGCAACACCGUGCCUGACCGGACCCACUGCCCCGGCAGGGACCCCUCGCCACCCCACAGCACUCGGAGGCAGCACCGGUGGCGGAGCGGCGGUGCCACAGCCUUACACUAACCCGGCAAGUGAGGUGCCCAGCCCCCCAGACAUGGAGCCGGACCGUCCCAUUGGUUAUGGCGCAUUUGGCGUUGUCUGGUAAACAAAUAUUAUUGCGGGCUAAACCACUGUUUUGCAUGUUUCCGCCUUUAAUUACGCACAGCCUGUUUUAGUGGGGAUCAUGGCGCUUUCCCAGUUUUUUCAGUUCUAUAGGGACUUAAAAAAGGACGUCCAUCCCAGGAAACCUUAUGUCCGUUACAUCAAAUUUUAAUUGUUAGAGCAGUAAGCUUGAGUAAUAGCAACCGGUCAUCGCAGGUCUUUUAUCGGUAAUCUGAUUCGCAUUAAUUUAAACACUUUUCCUGUUGCCAGUGGAAAUGAAGAAAUGGCGUUUUCACUGUCCUGAUGAGCCCUCUCUUAAAGCACGAGUUAAGAAUCCUCUCAACACUGACUGUAUUACAGCUGAGCAGAAGGUGGUUUACUCUCUAAUCAGUCAAAAAUUAAAGUGUUACAUAUUUAUUAAUUAAGGUAUUAGUGUUCUAAAGAAGUACUGAUAAGUCGUUUUGCUGCAUGACAGUGUGCUUAAUGCCAUGCCAGCUAAAUUCUCAUUUUUAACCAUGAGGAGUAUAUGAAUGUUCUCUUUAUAUUCUGUUAAAUAGAUUUUAGAGACAGCAAGAAAAUGUCCUUCUGUGGUUAUUUUAAUGCUGGCUUUGUUUGACCAGCAGUUUAAAAUCUGAAUUAAGGGUUUUAUUUUGCUUCACAGAAAAAAAACGGAAUAGUUGAUAGAUUGUUAAAGUAGUACCAGCUUAAAUAUAUAAGACAGACGUUUUAGUCUCAACUAUCUUUGUUUUCCUUAAGGUCCGUCACAGAUCCACGUGAUGGACGCAAGGUGGCUUUGAAGAAAAUGCCUAAUGUCUUCCAGAACCUUGUCUCUUGUAAGAGGGUCUUCAGAGAGCUGCGGAUGCUGUGCUUCUUCAAACAUGACAAUGUAAUAAUGAAAACAGGGCAUGGGUUUUGGGAUUCAAGACAUGUCUCAGAUUUGGGUGAAAGAUGUCUUACUGUUUUCUCUGUUUGUGCAGGUCUUGUCAGCUCUGGAUAUUUUGCAGCCUCCACAAAUUGACUGCUUUGAGGAAAUGUAUCCUUUUUAAAUAUAUAAACACCAGCUCAUGUGAAGUCAGAAUCAAACGUCUUGGCUUUAUAUUACCAUAAUUACCUCCUUAAACCUUCUGCUCUACUUUCACUUUUUUUAAAUUGUCCUCCUUUUUAAUAAUUUAGCCACUGCUCCUCUCUGGUCUACAUUCAGACACUUCUUCAACCAGACCUGUGAUCAGAGAUGCAACGUGUUUGUGUAGGCGGUGGAAGGUUAGUCCGUGCGUGAGCUUUGGUUUUUCUUUGACAUCCACCCCCUCCGGCAGCUACGUGAUAACAGAACUGAUGCAGAGUGACCUCCAUAAAGUGAUCGUGUCUCCUCAGCCUCUUACCACUGACCACAUCAAGGUCUUCCUCUAUCAAAUCCUCAGAGGUUAGUGGACAGAGCAGAAAAAUCCCAUCUGUUGGGACCCUCCUUAUGGCAUAAGUGUCAAACCAACAGAUAGGUUUUAUAUUUUUUGUUUGUCCAGCAAAAUGAUAUGAUUCUUUGGUAAUAUCUGUUGAAAUUCAAAGUAUGACGCAUUUUUUAUCACCUCUGUCAUACAAAAAGUAGAAUAUAAUUGCAAAAUUGAGCAAAUGAAAAACAUGAUGUCUUGUUGCUCAGGUUUGAAAUACCUGCACUCUGCUGGGAUCCUGCACAGAGACAUCAAACCUGGAAACCUGCUGGUCAACAGCAACUGCUUGCUGAAGGUAAAUCCUGACAUGUUUAAGUUAAGAAGAGUGUUGAAGUUGUGAAACUUUUUUUUUCUUUAAGUUAGAAAAAUCAUAAUGCUUGUCCUAAAAAUUGUUGUGAAUUAACAGGCCUGAUGAUAAAGCACAGCAUUUCUCAAAACAGCAUCAGAAUAGGUACAUCACUGUUGGUACAAGGAAAUAUCUGAGAAUUUUAUGCAACAUCAGAGGCCGCCUCGGGCAAGGAACAAGUGCCACUCCCAAGAAAGUGUUGAUCACUUUUUGUGGCACCAUUGAAAUAAUAAGAUGCAAACUGAAACAAUACUGCACUGUUAUUAUAUCACUUAUUAUGUUACAGUUUCACUUAUAAAUAUGUUUCGAUCUUUAAUUUCUCCUUCCAGUGGGCCAAAAGUCUAAACACUCACACAAAAAUGGUUUUAAUAGUUCUUCAUCGAAUUCUAAUUAUGUUUCUGCUCAGAUUUGUGACUUUGGCUUGGCACGGGUGGAGGAGCCUGACCCAUCACGUCACAUGACUCAGGAGGUGGUAACACAGUACUAUAGAGCUCCUGAGGUGCUGAUGGGAUGCCGACACUAUGGUUCAGCCAUCGAUGUGUGGUCAGUGGGCUGCAUCUUUGCUGAACUUUUAGGACGACGCAUCCUUUUCCAGGCUCAGAGUCCCAUCCAACAGGUGAGAAUUUCAGACAAGAGCACCUUCUGAGGCUGCAAGAGUAAAGUUUUCUGCAUCAUGGUGAUUUUUUUUUACUACCAACUUAAUUUGUUACUGGUACUGUCUUGUACUUCAGUAAAAUUUGUGAAAAAGUCUAAAACACCCCCUGUCCUGCUUCCCUCUCUUGCUACAGCUGGAUCUGAUCACAGACCUGCUGGGGACGCCGCCUCUCUCCGCGCUGGCGUCUGCCUGUGAAGGAGCUAGGGCCCACAUUCUGAGGGGGCCGCACAAACCAGUAUGUGAUUGAGUGGUUUGGUCCCACUCACUAGCCACCAACACGAACAACACACAUUUUUGUCCCUGAAUCAAAUAGUCCUGUCAUUUUUCCGCAAAGUAGUCUGAUUUUUUUACCUGACGCUUCAGUCUGAAUAUAGUUUGGCUUCAGCAGACAUUUAAAAGAAGGGAUAGACAGUUUAAAACGUUUUCAAUAUCAGGCUAAAGUUAAGUUGAGGAUUGAGAAGUAUGAAAUUCAGUGUAACUGCCUGGAAAAUAACGUUUGCAUUUUGUCUUUCUAUAAAGACAGCAUGUUUAAUUAGUACCACUAGGGGGCAGUCACCAUGUCUGCAGCUUGUUAGAUUUCACCGUCAACAUGAACAUUAAGAUACUGAUAAGAGCCUCUGUAAAUAUUAAGGUUUUGUGAUAACCAAUGAUUUGAGAACUUUAAUCCUCAAAACCUUUUUUGUUUUCCUUUUUAAAUUAUUACUUAUCCUGGAAAUUAAAAGUCAGAUCUUAGAACUGAGGGUUACAGGUUAUCAAGCUGACAUCAGUGCAAUACUUCUAUGUGUCCUAAAAGGGGACCUGCCAUCAAAAUGUAAUUUUGUGGGUUUUUUGUGUCAGAUAAGGUCCAUAUUAUGUUCGUCUUAUGUUGUAAAUGUGAAAACAAACUGUUACGUCGUUUGCAUUCUGUAAAGGUUUAAAAUAAAGGAGGCCAAUUGAAACCAGGCCAAUUGAAAAAGCAGGUCCCUCUGACGUCCCGCUGACCUUGCUCAUUAUUAUUCACGAGCGCGUCCUCGGUGAGCCGCGCCCACUCUCUCGUUCUCGUACUCAUUCACAGUCAGAGCGAGACCCAGCUACCACUGUAUCCGCUAUGGGUCUCAGUUACGCUCUGUUAGUGUAGUAUGCAGGCACAGAGGGGCUGUGGGCCAGCCCCUGCAGCCCCUGCAACGCCGCCGCCGCACCGAAUAUCCCCGGAUAUCAUUACAGACAUCUGGGCACCUUACUUUAGCACACAUUAGCAAAAUGGAUAAACCAAAAUCUGGACCUCCUCUGCUGAGCCAAUCAGAGCAUGGCAGGCUUCACAGCAGCGAUUCAAUCAGAGCAAAGCUCAUUACCAUAAAUGUUAAUGAGCCAAAAGCAGUUGGUUUUCCUGUAAGGUUUUUUAGGCAUACUAAAAACAAACCAUCAAAUAACUUUUCAGCUAAAAUUAUGUUGCAAACAUGAUCAGAGGACAUCAAGGAUUAUGAAAAAAUGAUAAAAAUGGGUAUGAAAUUUUGAUGGCAGGUCCCCUUUAAAACUAAGCUGAGUGCUGAGAAUCAUUUCAUUUUCACUGUUUGCUCUGACAAAAAAAGUGAUUUUUUUUGGGUGUUGUCCUCAGCCGUCGCUGUCAGUGCUCUACAUGCUGUCUGACGGAGCGACACACGAGGCAGUGCACCUGCUGUGUCGGAUGUUGGUCUUUGAUCCGGUGAGUUAAUGAGAUCUAGACAAACAAACAUCUGUGUUUUCCACCAGCUGAGACAAUAAAAGUUUCCUGUAUCAGGACACCAAGUUUAUGAAGCACAUUUUUUUUCCUCUGCAGACUAAGCGGAUUUCUGGCAGUGACGCCCUCUCCCAUCCGUACCUUGACGAGGGGCGUCUGCGCUACCAUACCUGCAUGUGCCAGUGCUGCUACUCUGUACCCAGCGGGCGAGUAUACACCCGGGACUUUGAGCCAGUUGCUGAGCGGCCGUUUAGCCACAGCUACGAGAACAGCCUGUUGUCUGUGUGGCAGGGUAAAGGUACAAAACUUUCCACAUUGUUUUUCCCUGAGCUUAGUGUCAUUGUGUGAUUAAAAAUUCUGAUUGUCAGUGUUCUGUGCCUUAUUUUGCAAUUUAAAUCUUGAUGGCUGACGUCCUGUUCUGUCCCCCACAUCAGAGCUAAUCCAUCGCUUCAUUACGGAGCACCAGCAGGGCAAACGAGUGCCUCUGUGCAUCAACCCUCAGAGUGCUGCCUUCAAGACCUUUAUCAGGUGAGGGAGGGGAAGGCGGAGCUCAUAAUUAUAUAAUCAUUAGUGUUUAAAUCUGUAUUUUGUGUCAGCCAGUCACUUAAACUACAUGAGUAGUGCUCUCUCAUUUAAUACUUUAAUCUGCUGCUGUUCCUGGUGUUGGCCAUCCAGUUUAUGUUAAAGUUUAAGAGAAGAGAUUCCUGAUGGCCUUAAAAUUUCUGCGAGGAGUUUUUUUUCAUCUUUAUGGAUAUAAAUUUUGAUGAACCAAUGCAAAGUGGACCAUCAGCAACAAGACUGACAUUUUUUAUAUUAAAUAUAUGUAAUUAAUGUUUCAAACUGGCGCUGGGGGCUAAGUUUUAGCCGAGCAAAAUAAGAUAAGAUCUAUUUUUAUUGGUCCCACAGGGGGAAAUUCCAAAUUUACAGCAGUAAAUACAGCUUAAGAAACAUGUCUAGUUGAACCACUUCAAUGUAAAAUGGUUAAUGUAAAUGACACAGUGACUGUCAAAAGUCAGCAGGGUGAGAUUUUUUGUCAGAUGACACAACUUAAACAUAGAAAAGACAAGUCUAGCAAAGACUGCUUUGAUCCCCAAAAUCAAUACCAACCGAAAGUUCCCCACAGAAGCUUGAAUGUUCUAUUUUUUAUCCUCUCAUAUUAAGUGAGCUGUUUCCUCUGUUCAGAUCAAAUGUGAUUUAUGUUAAAGGUUAUUGUUAACUUGAAGUAAAUCAAUAGACUGUGUGAUGAUUUAAAGGCCAUCAAAAAUGUAAUUUUGUGUGUUUUUUGUGUCAGAUAAGGUCCAUAUUAUGUUCGUCUUAUGUUGUAAAUGUGAAAACAAACCGUUGCGUUGUUUGCAUUCUGUAAAGGUUUAAAAUAAAGAACGGGUUAACCAGGCCAAUUGAAAAAGCAGGUCCCUCUGACGUCGCGCUGACCUUGCUCAUUAUUAUUCACGAGCGCAUCCUCGGUGAGCCGUGCCCACUCUCUCGUUCUAACCAGUCACAGUCAACAUCACUCUCCAGCCAGAGCGAGACCCAGCUACCGCUGUAUCCGCUAUGGGUCUUUUCCAAACGACCGGUGUUUCCUUGGGUUCACUGCCGGGAAAAUGCACUUAAAGCUGGGCAGAAUUAAUGAGAAAACACCACUGGAGAUCUCCGGCUUCUUCUUCAACUUCCACCUCCUCUUUGGACUCGGGGUCUAAAAUAUAUGGUUUAAUACCUGCUUUUUUUUAGCCUUUAGCAUAAGGUGACCAGACAUCCCUGAUUUCAGGGGACAGUCCCCGUAUUGGAUGACCUGUCCCCGGCAAAAGCUGUCCCCGAAAAUGUCCCCGAUUUAAGCGUUUCAUGAAUGAGAGCAAAAAUGUUGCGCGUGGGCUCGAACAACGGUUAUUACAGUAGCCGAAUGGGUAGGAAGCACAAGUAAGCAGUCCUGAACAACAGUUCUUAAGGGGGUUAUUACAAGGGGCAUGCGCUGCUACUAAAUAGUACAGAGAUUUUGUCUGUGAUCACGCAGACCCUGCACCCUCCCCGCCGCACCGAAUAUCCCCGGAUAUCAUUACAGACAUCUGGUCACCUUACUUUAGCACACAUUAGCAAAAUGGAUAAACCGAAAUCUGAACUUCCACUGCUGAGCCAAUCAGAGCACAGCAGGCUUCACAGCAGCGAUCCAAUCAGAGCAAAGCUCAUUACCAUAAAUGUUAAUGAGCCAAAAUCAGUUGGUUUUCCUGUAAGGUUUCUUAGGCAUACUAAAAUGGUUUGAAACAAACCAUCAAAUAACUUUUCAGCUAAAUUAUGUUGCAAACAUGAUCAGAGGACAUCGAGGAUUAUGAAAAAAUGAUAAAAAUUGGUAUGAAAUUUUUAUGUCAGGUCCCCUUUAAAGCAACAACAGGAUGAUUAAGAACACCCCUCUUCAAAGAGGCCAAAGCCCUAACAUUGUUUCUGAUAUUCAAUAAGUUCUCCAAAAAAGAGCAGUUAAGGUGUUGACCAUCCUCUGACCAGAUGGAACAUGUAGCAUGUAAAGAAAAAAGACCCAAGAACACUCCGACCAUCAUUUCCAGCUGCCUCAUCAUGUCUUCACUGGAUUCCAAAAAGACCCUCUCGGGUUUAGUUCCUGUGUUUUGUCUGGAUUGGCCAAUAUCUUCCUUCUGAAAGCACAGUCCUUUCUUCAUUUUUAUGAACUGUUCUUACCUUGAGUAAAAGUUUUUGAUCUGUGAAGCUCAUUUCUUUGAGUGAACACAUGGCAUGAAGGGUGAAUAUAUUUGAAACCCACCCAUCAGACCGGUGAGUGGCCAGAAGUUGUGCAUAAGCUGGCCGAGUGAGUGGCAAGGCUGAGUUGAAUGACAGGUGGAUGUCAUGUAGCCAUUCUCAGGGGCUGCCUGAGAAAAGGGCUGCCUCAGCUCCAAAACGAAAGAGAGAAAGUCCUGUCAAAAUCCAAACUAUUUUAACCUUGGCCCGUACUUGUUCUUUUGUCCUCAGGUCGACUGCAUGGCACUCUUCUAAGGUCUCCAGGAAAGAAGAGAGAUGAAUGGGUCCUCUUGGUCUUUUUGGAGAGCCACAGCAGUUUAAUUUCAUGGGCCGCAACAUGUGAAAACGCAGAAGAGUUUGGGUCUUUUUCUUUCUUUUUUUGUUGUUCACGUGGAGGGAAAACAGGGAGCUACCUGAGCUUCUCCGAAAAACCCUCUUUGUUUGUUCCUCGCAAAUCUUCAAAGAAAAUGACAAGCUACUGCUCAACUCCUUUGAAGACCCAGACUGUGGAUGCUUGUGGCAUUUACGGUGCUGAUUUAAAAAAUGCUGCUGAAGUGCUUGAGGAGAAGACUGAAAGAGGAAAACAAGUGAACUUGGUACUAGACUGGAUUUUUCAUCUAUCUUAGUAGAGACAUAAUGAGAUAAUGGUUUUAAUUGUUUGGUAGAGUUUUUGCUUAGUUGAUAUUUGAAGUCAUUCCAGCCUUGUGCAAUAUGAUUCAAUUAGAAAAAAAGGCACAUUUAAGUGCUCGCUUGCCAAUAGGACUUUUUGGAUUCUUGCUAUAAGACCACGUUACCGGAUCAGUGUGUCAUGAGCUGUCACACAUGAUGGUGACAUGAGCUGUCACCAUAACAUUAACCGCCAAAAACCUCCAAGGUUUUCUUUUGUUUUCUUAACUGAACUCAUCGCUCACUGUGUUUUAUGCGAUAAUAAUGCAAUCUAACAGAUGUAGCAGGUUUUAACCACAGCCACUGUUCCCUGCUGUUUCCCCACCUCCACUUAGCCUUGUUGUUGAUUUUUGCGAUUUUUUUGGGGAUGUUUGGUCCUGGGUUCCUGUUGAGUUACCUGUAAGGGGAAUUCCACCAUUUGAAAAGACAGGAACCUGCUUCUUUAAUGCACGCUUAACAGUCGAAAUGAUAAUGAGGUGAAAAGGUUUUGGGGAUCCUCCUGUUGAUGCCUUUAGGAAGCAGCUUUGAAACUUGCUAUAAUGGCUGCAGUGAUAAGGGCAAACAUGCUCAAUCACAGCAGGCUGUCUCUAAGUGAUUGAUUUUGCCCGUUAAAGGUUGUUCUACAACUUUUUGUACCAGUUAGGAGUACAGACCGCAAAAGCAUAUUUAAAGGUUGUGCCCUGUUAAGUCUGAUCAAGCUACUGAUCUAAAAAGAAAGUCACCCCCGUUUUUUAAAUUUUUGUUUGUUUGUUUGUUUUGGUUUUAGUUUUCUGAUCCAAAACUUAUUUUGUUUUGAAAAUCCCUGCAGGAAGAAGAAAGAUGCCAAAACAGAUAUUUUGAUUUUUAUUUCUCAUGUGUUAAGACAGAACUUUUGUUGAUGUUUUAAGGAGUUUUUUAUGACUUCCUUAGCCCCAGGAGAGAGAGAGAGGAAAAAAAAUUGCAUCUGUUAUUUUUCUGUUUUAUUCUUAAUUUAUUGAGUGUUUGUUGGCGUGUGUGUGUGUGUGUGUGUGUGUGUGUCUGUGUGUGUGUGUGUGUCCCCUGUCUCAGUUUUAAGUGACCUCUCUGUGGUCUUGGUUACCUCAAACCCUUGAAAGAGGAUAAUGAAAAAGGAGUAACAUGUGCAUAUCUGUAAAGUGAAACCCUCCCCUCAUAACUUUCAUUCCUCCAGGUCCUGGUUCUUACCUCGUGCUCGCUCCUCGUCUCUCCCCCAGCCACCCAGAAUCAGCGUGAGGUUUUGAGAGGAGAAGGAUGUUGUCGAUGAAAUGCUGCUGUUUUUAUUUUUUAUUUUUCUUCACUUUUGUGUUGUACAGUUUCUGUUUCUAGUUUAAGGCUCAGGUGUCUCAUUUGUUGAGGAUAAAUGGUACAGAGCCUGAUGGGGAGGCACCAGUACUGCCCACAUUUUGGUAUGAUGAGGGCUAACAGGAUUAUACCUGAAGAGGUUUCUGUCCACUGACAGCAAACAGAAAAUCAUGCUGAAGAUAUUCUUUAUGUCAACUACAAAGUGAGACCACAAGCAAAAAAUGAAGUCUGAUCAGAGUCCUUUCCACACUGAGAUUAAGAGAAAUCCUACAGAUGGAUAUGUUGAGACCAGUGGAGGAUAGAGCUGCUGCGUAUCGAUGAUUUCUCACCAUCAAUCCAGGCGUUCACCGGUGAUUUUCCAAAGUCAGAAAGGUCACUUCUUCAGGAGGCUAAGGCCACGUCUCUGAUUAGAUCGUAAAUAGUUUUCUUUUUUUCAAAUUCUUCUCAUUCCAGUGUUUUAGACCUGAAGAGGUGGCUGUCAUGAAUCAUGACAGUCCAUUAAGAAAUCUUUUAUCCAAGAAAAGCAUUUCCAUGUGACCUCAAAGAUUGAAGUCAGUCCUUCAAUAUGUCGAUUUUUGGACAGUUUUUGAUUUUGUAUUAACUCAGGCAUCUGUAAUGAUCAGUUUGAUCUUCUGGUUGCUGGUAGAGCUGAGAUGUUUGGCAUCAGUUUUGACUGUAGGAACCUUCCUCAUGAUUUGGGAACUUCUCACAAUGACUCGGCUCGCUCCAACACUAUUACUGAUCGCCUCAACUCUGCCAACAGUUCAUCACGACGGAAGCUAGGCCCGAACCAUUUUUUCUUUUUUUCCUUUUUUUUUCUUUUUUUGGUCCUUUAUUUUGUUUUUUUUCAUGUGGCUCCUCACAUCCUUGCUCAUGUCUAGUCUUCUUUCCUUUCUUGUGUAUGCCCUGAACCUCCAGCAGGCGGGGCCCUGAACCUCUGAUUUUUUCUGAUUUUUUUGUUUCCUUAAAGCCCUAAAACCUCAGCUCCUCUCUACAGGAUCACACAGCAAGUCUCCGUUUGAGGCUGCCAGAUAACCUGACUUGUAUAUCUGCAUGUGUAUAGUUAUUAUCCCAUGGAGAGCAUUUUGGUUUGAAUGCUGUGCAAUGGUUCAGUUUGUCAAUCAUGACGAAAAAACACAUUUUGUGGUAAUUUUUAUUUAAUUCAUCUUUAGGAAGUGAUUUUAUUAGAAGUUUUGUUUUUGUUUGUUGUGAUCUAAUUAGAUUUGAAUGAAGCCAAGAGGCUGGAGAAGGCAGGAUUCAUCGUUCCCUUGAGUGAACAUUGACAUGAUAAUACAGUCAAGUUAAAGCAGAGUUAUUUAGCAACAUCACAGUUUCUGAAUUGGCACCUUAAGGUGAAGUUUAAAAGAGGAGUCUUUGUUGUAACGAGUCCUGCAAUCAUUACAUUUAGACUCUCCUCUCACCUUCAUCUACCUGAAACACUCCACAUCUUCAUUUGCUCCAAAAUUACUUGUUUGUUACUUUAAGAGACAAGCUGGAACUAUUCCCAACAACAGAAACAGAAAAAAAUGAAGCCAUAUCCCCACAAAUUAAAAAAGCUGCACCGAUAAUCUAAAGUCGGGAAACUUCCUGAGUAUCUAAUGGACUGUUAAGAAGGUUUUCGAUGAAGAAAUUAAAUGUUAUUUAAGGUUCAGAUUUCCAAAUGAAGGGAGCAAUCACUCCAAACUUCUCCCCUCUCUGGACAUUAUACUUGCUUUCUUUUUUUUCUGUUGUUGUGUCAGUAGACACCCUUCCAGGUCAGGAACAGUUUUAAAACUCGAUGGCCCGUUUUGUUCCUUCAGAGUCCAGCUGACGAGUCUCUUGGCUCAUCUGUUGGGGGUAUAAGGUUGAUGUGAAAGGAGAGCAGAGCGGGUUGGACAAACGGCCAUCUUUAGAGAUUAGAGAUGUCUUUCUUCUUUGAAAAGAAACUUGAUGUGUUUAUUAUCCUAAAUAUGGAACUGAUGUUUUCGUCUUUGUUUUAGCAUAAAGAUUUUGUUUGUUUUGACUUGUGUUUCCAACAAAUACUUGAAUUUCUUAAAAAAAAAAUUAGAGUUAAAGUAGUUAAUGAUGGAAUAAAUAAAUGGACACUGGAUAUUUCUCUGCUCUGUUGUGGUCCCUUCUCUUCCGACAGCUCAUAUCAGUGUAACAAAGUAUGAAGUGCUGGAUAUCAGGUUAUAAUGUGUGUAUAAAUAUACUUACAGGUGAUUUUUUUUUUUUUUCUAGUAACAAACUCACUGUUUCCAGUUUCGUUGACAGCUUAUCCAAAGGUUAUGAAUGAUUUGCAUCCUCAGGCACCGAAAAAAUCACUGAAGACUGCUCAAGAUCUCAGAAGGAGUCAUCUGAUAGGAAGGCGGUCUUUUUGACGCAGAACUUUUAGGGCCACAUUAAAGAAAAAAAUAUGUGUUCCAAGAGUAGCUAUUCUAUGUUCUUUAGGUCAUCUUCUCACGAGAAUAAAGUCUUUGUAAACUCUUCA